AAGAGGGGAAGGAGCGGUGUGGGGACGCUCUGCUCAGCUGUGGGGCCACAGAAGGCAGGACGCCCUGACCAUGUCCACCAUGGCCUGGUGCCCUCUGCUCCUCACCCUGGUCGCUCUCUGCACAGGAUCCCGGGCUCAGGCUGUGCUGACUCAGCCGUCCUCCGUGUCCGGGUCCCCGGGCCAGAGGGUCAGCAUCACCUGCUCUGGAAGCAGCAGCAACGUUGGUUAUGGUGGUAAUGUGGGCUGGUACCAACAACUCCCAGGAUCUGCCCCCAGAACCCUUAUCUAUGGUACUAACGGUCGAGCCUCGGGGGUCCCCGAUCGAUUCUCCGGCUCCAGGUCUGGGAACACAGCCACCCUGACCAUCAGUUCGCUCCAGGCUGAGGACGAGGGGGAUUAUUACUGUUCAUCUACUGACAGUAGCGGCUAUUUUGUCUUCGGCGGCGGGACCCGGCUCACCGUCCUGAGUCAGCCCAAGUCCGCACCCUCGGUCACUCUGUUCCCACCCUCCAAGGAUGAGCUCAACACCAACAAGGCCACCCUGGUGUGUCUCAUCAGCGACUUCUACCCGGGUAGUGUGACCGUGGCCUGGAAGGCAGACGGCACCCCCGUCACCCGGGGCGUGGAGACCACCCAGGCCUCCAAACAGAGUAACAGCAAGUAUGCGGCCAGCAGCUACCUGACCCUGACAGGCAACGACUGGAAAUCUAAAGGCAGUUACAGCUGCGAGGUCACGCACGAGGGGAGCACCGUGAAGAAGACAGUGAAGCCCUCAGAGUGCUCUUAGGGCCCUCUCGCCCUCACCCCCUCCCCCAGCUCUCCGUGGACCCCGGAGCCCCCGCCCAGGUCGGCUCGGACCAGGGGGCCCUCCUCCCUCCCUCUUCCUGCUUCUCCUGAAUAAAGACCUUGUCAUUUAUCAGCC